GCCAAGCCCCAGCUGGGCUGCAGCCAAGCCCAACCCCAAGGCCAUCCAGCCCAACCAGGGCUGGCAGCGGGGGACAGCAGGGGGGGACAGCAGAGGAGGGACGUGCCCCAGCACUGCAUAAAAAGCCCCAGCAGGGACAGGGAGCAGGCGACACUCUCAGGAGAUCCCAGAGCAGCACUGCCAGAGCUGUAGGAGAAGGGCCAUGGAGCAGUACUUCUCAGCCACCCAGAAGAUGGAGCAGGAGGUGAUGUUCCCCAGCCUGCUCCGAGGGGUCUUCCCGCAGCAGGAGGGGGCAGCCCCGGCCGCGGAGAGCCGCACGGACCUGUACGAGCGCUACCAGCUCCUCAAGGCCAUCAAGCCCAUGGUGGAGAAAGGCCUGGCCUCUGUCGGGGACCAGAGCCCCACCGGUGCGGACGCCGACGUGGACGCGUCCUCGGACAGCAACGAGGCCGGAGAUGCCCAGCUCGAGGAGCGCCUGUCCCACCACCUGACUGGCCUGCAGCAGGUCCUCACCCACCUGACCAGGGACACCAACGCCCUGACCCGGAGGUACAGCCAGAUCCUGGAGCAGAUCAACCUCAGCGAGGGCCAGCCCAGCUGGUGACCCUGUCCUGGCCACCAGGACAGGUGCUGGUGUCAGGAAGCACAAGACGUCCCCGUCGCUGACCAUCACAGGCUCUUCCCCGUCACGUGCGCGUUCCCCACUCUGUGGCAGAUGAUGUGAUCGCCCGGCACUGGCGCUGACACCAGAGAUGGCUGUGACCACUGGAGAACCAGAUGGCACCUUAUCCUCAUAGGAAGAAGCAUCUGGCUGUGCCAGGAAUUCCACUGGAAGAGCCACAGGCUCGUGCCCUCCUCUUUAUUUUCAAAGAGUGGUGCGAAGCUGGGAGUGUUGUGAGGUGGCCCCAACCUCCAACAGUCCCUUGAGACUGCCAAGCCCUUUUCCAGCUGGUACCUGGACUCCAAGGGCAUUUCCCCCUGUUUCUGCUAAUAAAAGAAUCCCUGUGAAGCCAUUGUCAGUGUGGUGCUUCCACUCAAAGAGUGCCCCAGGGAAGGGUAGGGGAACACUGCCUCAGUGGGGUGGGAACUUUCCAGGGCAAUGCUGGGAAAUUGGAAAGGGACAAAGAAUCUCCAAGUCUGGGAUGGUUUGGGUUGGAAGGGAUCUUCAGA